GAGAAAAAGAAGAAGGGAAUGGCCGCCCAGGGUGACAGCUGCAGCGUCAAGGUGGCUGUGAGGAUUCGUCCUCAGAUGCCAAAGGAAAAGAUUGAAGGAUGCCACAUCUGCACAUCAGUAACACCUGGAGAACCCCAAGUACUCCUAGGAAAGGACAAAGCAUUUACCUAUGACUUUGUCUUUGACCUGGACACUUGGCAGGAACAGAUCUAUACAACUUGUGUAAGCAAGCUGAUUGAGGGCUGCUUUGAAGGCUACAAUGCAACUGUGUUGGCAUACGGCCAGACAGGUGCAGGCAAGACUUAUACCAUGGGCACUGGUUUUGACAUGAAUACUUCUGACGAGGAGGAGGGCAUAAUUCCACGGGCCAUCGCCCAUCUCUUCAAUGGCAUACAAGCACGUAAGCAGGCUGCACAAGACCAGGGGGUCCCCAUCCCAGAGUUCAAAGUCAGUGCACAGUUUUUGGAGCUAUAUAAUGAGGAGAUCCUGGAUCUUUUUGAUAGCACAAGAGACCCUGAGAAUCGCCACCGAAAAUCAAAUAUCAAAAUCCAUGAAGAUACCAGUGGUGGUAUCUAUACCACAGGUGUUACAUCACGUCUCAUUAGCUCGCAGGAUGAGCUGAUCCAGUGCCUGAAACAGGGAGCUCUCUCCCGAACCACAGCCAGCACCCAGAUGAAUGUCCAAAGUUCCCGCUCCCAUGCUAUCUUUACAAUCUACCUUUGCCAAAUGCGUGUCUGCUCUCCUGUACACUUGGUGAAUGGAGACACAAAUGGUCUUCUGGAUGGAUCCCAGCCUACUAGUGAAUAUGAGACCCGAACCGCCAAAUUCCACUUUGUUGAUCUGGCUGGCUCAGAGAGAUUGAAACGAACUGGGGCCACAGGCGAGAGAGCUAAAGAAGGCAUCUCUAUCAAUUGUGGUUUGCUAGCAUUAGGAAACGUCAUCAGUGCCCUUGGGGAUCAGAGCAAGAAAGCAUUGCACGUGCCCUACCGAGAUUCAAAAUUGACCCGGCUUCUCCAAGAUUCACUUGGUGGAAAUAGCCAAACUGUGAUGAUUGCCUGUGUGAGUCCUUCAGAUCGGGAUUUUAUGGAGACCCUGAAUACCCUUAAAUAUGCCAACCGUGCUCGCAACAUCAAGAACAAAGUGGUGGUGAAUCAGGACAAGACCAGCCAGCAGAUCAGUGCCCUGAGAGCUGAAAUUGCUCGUCUCCAGAUGGAACUUAUGGAAUAUAAGGCAGGUAAGCGUGUUAUUGGAGAAGAUGGCUCUGAAGGCUACAGUGAUCUGUACCAGGAGAACGCCAUGUUGCAGAAGGAAAACGCCACUUUACGUAUGCGGGUGAAAGCCAUGCAGGAGGCCAUUGAUGCAAUCAACAUCCGUGUCACCCAUUUGAUGAGCCAGGAAGCCAACCUGAUUCUUGCCAAGGCAGGUGAUGGUAAUGAGGCUAUUGGUGCUCUGAUACAGAACUACAUCAGGGAAAUUGAAGAUCUCAGGACAAAACUCUUAGAGAGUGAAGCUAUGAAUGAAUCACUACGCCGCAAUCUAAACCGGGUUUCAACCAGGCUGCCCUAUUCCCUGGGCUUAUCACCAGGGAUUGGAUUGGGAGAUUCACGUUCCCCUGCCCCCUCGGUGGAAGCUGAAGCCACUGACGUUCUACAGUGGGCCAAGCAAGAUGUUGAGAGGCUGAAGAAGGAGACAAAACUGCGAAGAAAAAGCCCAGAGAAAGAAGGAUUUAAAAAGCGUUUAAGGUUGCAGCAGGGAAACGAGGCAGAUGAGAAUGAGGCAGAAGAGGAGGAAAGGGAUGAAAGUGGCUGUGAGGAAGAAGGUGGCCAGGAUGAAGAAGAUGAAGAAGAUUCAGGGAGUGAAGAAAGCCUGGUGGAUUCUGAUUCAGAUGUCGAAGAAAAGGGUAGUAUGGAAUGCUAUACAGAAGAGAAGGCUAACAAAAUUAAAGCAGAUUAUGAGAAACGUUUAAGGGAGAUGAAUCGUGACCUGCAGAAGUUGCAGGCUGCCCAGAAGGAGCACGCUCGCCUUCUCAAGAACCAGUCUCGAUAUGAACGAGAGCUGAAGAAGCUGCAGGCAGAAGUAGCAGAGAUGAAGAAAGCAAAGGAAGAAUUGGAUUCUACAGAUACCUCUGUGGUGAUCAGCUCCUGCUCUUUGGCUGAAGCACGACUUUUAUUGGACAAUUUUCUCAAAGCAUCCAUAGACAAGAGCCUGCAGGUUGCCCAGAAGGAAGCUCAGAUCCGCUUACUGGAGGGACGUCUGAGACAAACAGAUGUGACUGGCUCCUCUCAGAACCAUCAUAUUCUGGAUGCCCUACGAGAAAAAGCAGAAUCGCACCCUGAAUUACAGGCACUCAUUCACAAUGUGCAGCAAGAAAAUGGCUAUGCCAGCACUGAUGAGGAAAUCUCAGAAUUCAGUUUGGCUUCAGAGGGAAGCUUUUCCCAGUCUUUCUUCAUGAAAGGUUCUGCUAGUCAGGAUGACUUCAAGUGCAGGGGAGAGCCUAAACUGUCUGGUCAGAUGAAAGCUGUAUCUGCAGAGUGCCUAGGACCCACACUGGACAUCUCCACUAAGAACAUCACCAAGUCAUUAGCGUCUCUCAUGGAAAUCAAAGAGGACAGUGUUGGAUUCUCCAUCCAUGAUCCUUAUUAUAAGGAAAAAGUCUCCCGUACCAUCAGCCUGCCUAUCCGAGGGAGCACAUUCCCUCGACAGUCCCGAGGUGCAGACACUUCACCCCUUACAAGGAGGAAGUCCUACGACAGGGGCCAGUCAAUCAGAAAUCCAGAUGUUGGAUUCACUCCUCCCUCAUCCCCUCCCAGCAGACCACGCAAUGACCGCAAUGUCUUCUCUCGGCUCACUAGCAACCAGAGCCAGGGCUCUGCAUUAGACAAGGGGAUCAUUAACCCUGUGGGAGGUUUCAGGAGUGCCCGGACAGCACCACUACAAUGCAUUUCUGUGGCUGAAGGACACACCAAGCCAGUAUUGUGCUUAGAUGCUACUGAUGAAUUGUUAUUUUCUGGAUCCAAAGAUCGGAGUUGCAAAAUGUGGAACUUAGUGACAGGACAGGAAAUUGCAUCUUUGAAAGGUCAUCCAAAUAACGUAGUCUCCAUAAAAUACUGCAGUGACUCAGGCCUGGUAUUCACAGUCUCUACCUCUUACAUCAAAGUAUGGGAUAUCCGUGAUUCUGCAAAGUGCAUCCGUACUCUCACCUCUUCAGGCCAGGUGAUCACUGGAGAUGCCUGUGCUGGGACCACUACCCGGACUAUCACCAGCGUGCAAGGCGAGCACCAGAUCAAUCAGAUUGCACUUAAUCCCACAGGCACUAUGCUUUACGCAGCCACUGGCAAUUUUGUCCGCAUUUGGGAGCUGAACAGGUUUCAGCCUAUUGGAAAGCUGACAGGUCACAUUGGCCCUGUGAUGUGUCUCACGGUGAAUAGGACUGCAAGUAAUCAUGACUUAGUGGUCACAGGAUCUAAAGAUCACUACAUUAAGAUGUUUGAGAUUGCUGAAGGUGUUGGUGGGAACAUUGGACCUUCCCACAACUUUGAGCCUCCACAUUACGAUGGGAUUGAGUGCCUAGCUAUUCAGGGAGACAUACUCUUCAGUGGUUCCCGUGACAAUGGGAUCAAGAAAUGGGACUUGGAACAACAAGAGCUCAUCCAGCAAAUCCCUGCACAUAAAGAUUGGGUUUGUGCUUUGGCCUUUGUGCCCAGCCGGCCAAUGCUGCUGAGUGCCUGCCGUGGUGGGACAGUGAAGGUCUGGAACGUUGAUAACUUCACACCUGUUGGGGACAUCAAGGGGCAUGAUAGUCCUAUCAAUGCCAUCUGCACAAAUUCAAAGCACAUUUUCACAGCUUCCAGUGACUGCACAGUGAAGCUCUGGAGUGCGAGGAAGCUACUGAACUGCACAACCUAGAAGUUGUAAAAAAAAACAGCUAUGGUCUUAAGAAGACUAAGAUGGAACAUGGCUAGGAAGUAGUGUUUAAUAUUCUCAAACCCAGGGCUUUAGGAUGAGGUAGCUGCCUGGUUUUCUGACAAGUACAUGGGUUGGAGAGGGUGAAGGAAGUCUCCUUUUCUGUUUAUAUGUUCAGUUCUCCUUGCUUGUCUGAUGUCGAUGGUGGCAGCCAUUGUAAAAUAGAGCCAAAAAAAGAAGUCAAAAUUUGGUGCUGAGGUUCUUUCAGUCAGAAUCCAUCUGACAAGUCUACAAAAUAAGGUAUUUGGGGAAAAAAGGAGUCAAAAUAUUUCAUAAAUCAAAAUUAGAUUUUUCAACCUAGUAUAAUUAAAUGAGGCUUUCCCAUGAUUUCCAGCUCUCCAGGGAGUGCCUAUAUCCUGCUUAUGCCGUUAAGACAUUACAAUGAAAAUAAUUAGAGAGAAAAUCAAGGGUUACCAGUUCCUUCCUGGAUAGAUUGUUAUGUUUUAAGAAGUAUUUCUUGUUCUGGUUGGUCUUUCAAGGGGAUUUAUGAAGUACUGACUUUUAUUUCUUACUUAUACCUGUGAAUUGCUAUUUGUUUUCUUUUUGAAAGGGGAAAGGAUUGGAGGAGAAUGCAAGAAAAUGAGCCACUUUAAUCUGAGCACAUAAGGUAGUGUUUCUCAGUGGUCACUAUAGAAUUGCCCAGAUAUUUUCUAUUUCAUUUGAAAUCAACCUAUUCUUUAGGUUGAUUUUCCCAGAUUCCUGGAAUGACAGUAUUAAAAGAAAAAAGACAACUAUGUAUUAAACAGAGCAAUAUAUUUAGUAACUGAUCUGAUGAACUUUGAUACCUUCAGAAGAGUAGUUGUUUCCUAAAUACCAGUUAUCUUUUCUAAAUGUUAGAUAAGCAACAAGAAAGAGAGAGACCUAAACUGAUUAAAUACGUUUAGGAUUCUCCUUCAUGCCAUCAUUCGACAUUUCCAGCAAAGAAGUAGCCUGGACAUGCCACUUUCUCUUCCCAUUCUCAAAUUACUGUUUUUCGGUAACAAAAUGGCAGUGACUACAAAAAUCAACUGUCCCCUAUCACAGGAAAGAGGACAUUUUGUCUUCUCCUUUGUCUGGGAACAGAAAAAAUGUGGAACCUUCCCUUUCAGCUUUCAAACAGGGUAAGGAAGAUUUGAAUUGCUAAGCACAAGGGUGUUGCAAUGCAUUCCUGUAUUACUGGGGAGAUAAUGAGCCUGCCUCUCUUAAUCUCACCCCCAGCAUCUUUUUUGUUGUUUACAUCUUUUUUUCAUACAUUCCCAUUCCCAUGUCACAAUGAGGAGCAAACGGAUAAAAGUUGACGCUCUGUGUUUAGAAACUUGAAUUUUUCACAGGAUAUUAUUCACUGCACUUGAUUUUUAGCAGCAAACGUUGGCUUAAGCCCUUGGAGAUCCAUCACUAUGUGGGGGAAGCUUUCAUCUGUGUGCAAUGUAGCUGGGCUAUCCAAGCCUCUCUGAAGGAUUGAUCAAGCACUCUUCACAUUGUUAUAGGAUUCAUCCUUAAACUUUUAACUUGCGUUGUACUCUUCCAUCAGAGGACCAAGGAUUUAAAUGGAUCACUCAGCAGCAGGCUUGGGAAAGCCAUUUGCUAGUAGGGAAAUAUGGACCAGCAGGUUAAAGCAAUUUGCUUUCCAGAUGCUUUGGACCAUUCUACAGCUCUGCUUUUAGUUUGUAGGAGUCUUUGUUCUACUGCCCUGGAUUAGGUUGGAAUUCUGUCCAUUCAUUUGUGUUAUGAAAAUCCCUUUCUCUACACUUAAGCUGCUGAAUCUUCCAUCCAAGUGGAACGUUGUAUUGUAAUUCUAAAUAGGUGUUCAAAUGAUUCUGUGUUUUGUCUUGUGCAAUUGGGGGUGAAGGGGGGGGGCAGCAGGGAGAGGUGUGUGGUUGCGAUUUUAAGAGGGUGAGAGCUUGUUUUGAGUUAACCUACCUCAUGGUCCAAGGUGUUUUCUCAUUUUAUUUUUUUGUUGUUGUUAAUAGAACUUGAAUUGAUCUGGGAAACGCACAGUAUCACUGGUCCCAAUUUCUAAGCUCAAGAGGAAAGUAUGAUGAAAGGAAGCUGGUCUCUGUGUAAUCUCAGAGGGAGCAUUUACAUAUUAAGGCUGUACUUUGUUUACUGCACCUUGGUGUCUUUUGCAGUCUUAUCUUAACUCCACAUUCUAAAUUGAGUGGGGAUGUGGGUCAUACGAUUCCAAGAUUGGAAGAUCUUCCACAAAAACAGCACAAUCUGCACAAUUUCUGCACAAUUUGGAACCCAAUUUGGUUUUUUUUUUUCUAUUUACUGAAGCUUGUGGUCCCCUUUGAAUGUUUUGUCUGCAGAAAUCUUUGAAUAGAUUGUGAAUUAGCUCAACGUUCUCCAUUGACUUACAUUAUUUGUUUAGAACAAAGAAUAUGAAGCUUACAAAAGAUAAUAGUAUUUGUCGCACUCAAUCUGCCAGGGGAUACUUUUUAUAGGUUAAAUAAAGGAUUGUGUGAUUUGUGGUCCUCCAGAAGUUGUGCUUUAGCUUCUGUCUUUCCUCACUUGGCCAGCUCAGAUUCAAGGAAAGCUGGUGGAAGCCACACACUCCUUCUUAAAUUACUGCCCAUAUUUGCCAUAGAGUCUUGUGUGGCUCUUGCUUGCUUAUCCUUUGGCACCAUGUUAUUCUCUAUUUUUUGGGGAGGGGAGGGUGAACCUUGCCUCCUUUACUACUUCUGCUCCCAUGGAUGUAGCAGAAGGGGAAUUGAGCUGAUUUCUUGGGUUUAAUAAGUAUAAUUUACCCUAUUGUUGAUUGUACUUGAAGCACAUAAUUGAGAGGAUACAAAGUAAGCAACAAUGGACAUUUCAUCUCAUAAUUUUCAAGAACUGAACAGGUUGCCGUAAUAAGACUAAUGAGACUAAUAAUGGUUUUGCAUCUCUGCAAGGAUGUUUUAGAACAUGUUAUCAUGCUGUCCCUAAGGCUAAAUCUCUCUUUUAAGAAGCCUACCAAUUAUGUACUAACGUACACCGGCCACCUCAGUCUAGGGUUGGGAUGAUGGUUUUAGUUGCAGUCCCAGCAUACCUGGAUGUAACCAGAUUGAAAUUUUGUUUCAAACAACAGGUGCCUUUCCUUAUUCUGAAAGGUCGGGGUUUUUAUCCAUAGAAAACACUGGUGCUUG